AUGGCUCAAGAGAAAACAGGCCUAAUGUGUUCUUGGUCCUCUUUGAAACUUUGUUUCUGGAUUGGCUCUAUUUGCUCAGGGAUGAGUUAUUUCCUUUUCACACUUCAAACAGCUAAAAUAUCAAUCAUAGCAACAAGGCAACUAAUUUUCAAUUCACAGAAGAUUCCAUUCCAAGGAAUGUCCCCACCCCAUGAAGCCACAGGAGAAAAACACCUUCUCAACAUUACAAACCCAAGGCCUCAACUCACCACACCUUCUCAUUUAAAGGUCAACAAAACAACUCCAAAAAAUGACGAAAUGCACAAGGACCCUGUGCCUUACACAUUUCUAAUCCAGGAGGAAGACAAAUGUAAAAAUACUACUCCAUUCUUGGUGUUUUUAAUAUGUACCACAGAGGGUCAAAAGUCAAGAAGGGAUAACAUCAGGAAAACUUGGGGGAAUGAAAGUCUGGUGCCAGGAUAUUCUGUGGUUCGCUUAUUUUUGCUGGGUGUCCAGAAACAAGGUUCUACUGAAGCAAUAAGGAAUGAAAGCAGGAUGUAUCGGGACAUCAUUCAGCAGGACUUUCGAGACACUUAUCGUAACCUGACACUCAAGGUCUUGAUGGGCAUGAAAUGGGUUGCUACAUAUUGUCCUAAUGCACACUUUGUCAUGAAAACAGAUUCUGAUAUGUUUGUUAACACUGAAUACCUGAUCCAAAAGGUACUAGUUACAAAAUCAACCUCAGAGCUUUAUUUUACUGGCUUUCCUAUGAGAAAAGCUACCCCUAUAAGAAGCAGCAGGAGCAAAUGGUACAUGCCCUUUGACAUGUACCCUGGAAAGUUUUACCCAGAUUUUUGCUCUGGAACUGGGUAUGUGUUCUCUGGAAGUUUGGCUACUAUGAUUUACCAGGUUUCUUUUAGUAUAAAAGUCUUACACUUAGAAGAUGUAUAUGUGGGUCUCUGCCUUCAAAAAAUAGGAGUCAAAGUGUCAUCCCCACCAAGAAUUUCAUUAUUUAAUCCAUUCAAAGUUAAAUUUAAUCCCUGCACUUAUAACAAACUUAUCACAUCCCAUUAUAUUUCUUCAAAUGAACUGCUUAUAUUUUGGGAUGAAAUACAAAAGGCAAAAGAUAAUUGUUAA